AUGAACGACUUGAUUUCAAAUUCCUUCAAACAAUACACUGAUUUGAAGGAAGAAACGCAUUUUGAUGAUGUGGAGGCAGGGAAUAGAGAAACAAUAAAUCUCGACAAGUUUUUUGAAGAUGUGGAGAAUAUAAAAGCAGACAUGAAAGCAAUUGAAAUAUUUUAUAGGAAAUUACAAGAGGCGAAUGAAGAAAGUAAAACUGUUCACAACGCGAAGACAAUGAAAGAUCUUCGCGCCCGAAUGGACAAAGAUGUAGAACAAGUCCUUAAACGCGUCAAAGUAAUCAAAGGAAAACUUGAAGUUUUGGAUCGUUCAAACGCGGACAAUAGAAAGAUUGCAGGGUGUGGUCCUGGUUCAUCGGCCGAUAGGACAAGAACAUCAGUGGUUAGUGGAUUAGGGAAGAAACUGAAAGAUAUGAUGGAUGAUUUUCAAGGUUUGAGAGGUAGAAUACAAAUGGAGUAUAAAGAAACAGUGGAGAGAAGAUAUUUUACGAUAACGGGGGAGAAAGCGAACGACGAAACUAUAGAUAAUUUGAUAGCUAGUGGAGAAAGUGAGAAUUUUAUGCAAAGGGCAAUUCAAGAACAAGGUAGAGGCCAAAUAAUGGACACGAUAUCGGAAAUUCAAGAAAGGCACGAUGCUGUUAAGGAAAUAGAGAAGAAUUUGAUUGAGUUGCAUCAAGUGUUUUUGGAUAUGGCUGUUUUGGUAGAAUCUCAAGGGCAACAUCUUAAUAAUAUUGAGAGUCAUGUUGCACAUGCUAGUUCUUUUGUGAGUAGAGGGACAGAACAAUUACAGGAAGCUAGAGUGCAACAAAAGAGUUCUAGGAAGUGGACAUUGUAUGCAAUAAUUCUUGGUCUUAUUUUAGUUGUUGUGAUUCUUUUUCCUCUUUUGGUAUCACUUUUGCCUCAUUUGUUUAGAUGA